AUGAUCUUUUCUAAAGUUGUUCAAACAACUAUUAUAGCUAAAGAGAAUUUUAAAGGAUUUAAAAAAUUAACAUGUUUUAUUCAUUUAAAUCGUACACGUGGACCUGCACCAAUAUGUCUUGAUUGGCGUGAAAUAUGUGAUGGUAAACUUGAUUGUCUUGAUGGAGAAGAUGAAGAAAAUUGCUUUGAGCUUGAAGUGAAUGAAUGUGAUGAAAAUGAAUAUCGUUGUCAAAAUGGUCAAUAUAUUCCUAAGACAUUUUUUCAUGAUAAUUAUUAUAAUCCAGAUUGUCUUGAUCGAACAGAUGAGCCAUCGUGA